ACAAAAAUUGUAAACACCAUCAGGUAUCGGUGGCCUUGAUUGUCGGUAGGUGGAGCUAUACCCCACGUGACAGCCUCCACAGUCGAGUAAAUAGAUCACGAAGGCUCUCAGGCUUCAGAUAAGGUCCAGUCUAUUAACAGGCACACACAGAAAUAUCUGACAGGGAUUAAGCUUGGUAGUGUCCAGUUAAGCAUUGACAAAUCUUUUUAGGUUCAGCAAAUUUCUAUUUGAACUUUUCAUCAUCUACUUUUAGUUCAGUGAAGGAAAAUUGCAAUCAUGUAGACUUAGAAGUUGUGAACUUUUCGAGACAAGUUUGUCUCAAUUUGGACUUGUGGGCCUGUUUCUAAAGCCAAAUAUUUCAACUUGGCGGAGCUUGAUAGUUUGUUGAAAUGGAGACCAUUGAUAAUGUUAACAACAACAGCAGCAGCAACAGUCACCCCUGGAGGUCUGACAUCCGCUAUGAUCCACUGGUUAACUGGAAUGUAAUAUACGAGGAAACCUCGGACACCGACAUGGAACAGAGUGACGACGCAUCAUUGUCUGAUGACGUGACACCUCGCUGCAGGAGUCCGUCAUCAUCAUCUGAAACAGAGACCGAACAGGAUGGAGUUGUGAAACGAAGAGUUCGGAGAAAACGCAGAGCUUCCUUCGAUGAAAAACUGUUUCGGAACAGACAGAUGUCCAAUCUUUCUGAUGACAAUCUGAAUCGUCGCAUGGCCAAAACAUCUCCUGGGACACCAAUAGAACAUAACAGUCUCAAGAACUUCCAUUCUGAAAACUUGUCCUCUGCACUGUUUCUUGGAAGCAUCCUAUGUGCGGACCGGGUAACCCAGAUGACCCGCACAUACAAUGACAUUGGGGCUCUUACUCGUAUGCUUGAAGAGAAAGAGCGUGACUUAGAACUUGCAGCCAAAAUUGGACAGACCCUUCUUGAAAAGAAUAAAGAUUUGACAGAGCGUAGUGAUUUUCUUGAAGACCAGCUUUCUUCAACUAAUGACAAGGUCAGCCAGCUCCGCCAUGAUGUGUCUAUGAAAGAUGAACUCCUCAAGUUUUACUGUCAAGAUUACGACAAUGAAGCAGAGUCAGAUGCAAGCACACCUAGUGAAGGCAAAGGCUUCAACCUCAAACUGGUUAACAUUGACUCACUGCAGAAGAAGGUGUCUUCCUUAGAGGAAGAAAAUGUUCACCUCAAGGUUGAGAGCAGCCAGCUGAGAUCCGAGACCGCCAACUAUGAGGAGAAGGAGAAGAAGCUUGUGGAGGACUGUCUCUCCCAGCUCGCGGAGGUCAACAUGCAAGUGGAAACCUUCGCAGAGGAAUGUGCACGGAAGUCCGAGGAGUCAGCCAGGCAGAAGGAGGAGAUCACAGCGCUGUUGGCGCAGGUUGUCGACCUGCAGAAGAGAGUCCGAUGUUUGACCAUAGAGAACAUGGAGCUGUCCAAACACCUGCAGGCUUCACAGGAGUCCCAGCGCAAGCUCACUAAAGAGCUCGGUUACCGCCAGGACAAGUACGAUGAGCUGCUGGAGGUCCUGGCCGAUGCCCAGGAGGAGCUGAAGACCCUGCGAGGGAAGCAGCGCCCCGGGGUGAGCCGCCAGUACCUGUCCAGCUCCCUGCUCAACGUCCCCUCCGACUCCCUGGCCUCCGAGCUGGAGCUGUCUCUCAGGAGUGACCUGGACUACCCCAAGGGAUUCUCCCCAUCAGAGAGGAAAGCCCACAACUGGAAGAUAUUCGAGACGGCCAAGGCAGCCAAGAAAGCCAGCAAGAAGAGCCCCAACAGCUUGUCCCCUGGCUCCAACUCCCUCAGCCCUAGCGGAGCCGAGAGUGACUCCGCAUCAGCGCCCAACUCCAAGCGAGCCUCCUUCUACAUGUCAGAAACCGAGUCCGCUGAUGGCUACAGUGCCGAUCUGGACAGCCUGCAUGGGUCCAACCCUGACCUGGGUCGACCUGGCAUCCCAGGCUCUAAUGACCUGGAGACAUCCCUGAAACGUCUGGCCAUGAGACGAGCUAAUGAGCUGAAUGAGAGAGACUACCGGGACGAUGAAGACAGGAGGAAACACAGCCAGUCAAGUGCCACGCCUCGCACCCCUGAGAGUGUGCCAUCCCCUGGCAGUGGUCUGUCCUAUCUCUCCUUCCCAGGUAGCACCUCCACCAACUACUUCAAGAUCCCUGACAAACUGCAGAUUGUCAAGCCCCUGGAAGGUUCUGCGACUCUGCGGCAGUGGCAGCAGCUGGCGACACCCAACCUUGGGGGCAUCUUCGAGGAGCGCCCCGGGGUGCAGAUCAAGGGGGAGCGGAACCUGGACCUGCAGGAAGAAGUGUACACCCUCAGCGACUUUGAGGAAGAUGAUGAUAUCUCUGAAUGUCCGAGCAGACGCUUUGAGGAGAGCUCCACCAUCUUCACACUGACCGACUCCAUGGUGAAGAAUCCCAACGAUUACUUCAUGCUGGCCCCAACAUCCAGCACUGAGAGCACCUUCAGCCAAGCCAGCAUGAGGCCAUCAACGAGUACUCCAGUGAUGUCGGCAACAAAAGGAAGAUUGGCUUCAAUGGGAAGCAACACUUCUACCUAUAGCAUGUCCCUUGGGCUGGCAGCCAUCUUGCACGAGCGUGAUCUCGCCAAGCCAGUUGAGCGCAAGCCAGGCAUGACCUACAACCAUUCCUUCCCAUCCCGUGUGCAGUCUAUUGUUACCGAGACACCAUACUCACCUGCAAAAUCAGCUUUGGAAGUGGCAACAACUUUGGCACCAUCAACCCAGCAUGAAGGAACCACGACAUCCUCGAGUCUGGCAUCAACCCCGACCGAUGGUGGAUUCUUGGACAAAUUGAAACACACAGGGUUUUCUAUCUAUGGCUUCCUUGGUGGUGGGAAGAGCGAGGAUUCAGAUUCCUCAUCAUCCGACACGGCAACUGUAUCCUCACCGACCAGCAGUGGGGGCAUCACCACGACAACAACAGAAGGAGCAACAGCAGCAACAUCACCUAACAGUGACAAACAUGUUACAAGGAAACUGCUUACCCAGGGUGCAUCAGCAGGGGUCCUCGGAGCUAUAACUUCCUUUAGACGAAGUGGAAUUCUGUAAACUGUUCUAGCCAUUAGUCUCAAGACCACAGACAAAUAUAUAUGAGGAAGUGGACUCAAAUUAUUCCAGAUUGAAAUAAUCAACAUAGACUUGUGUGUUGCCCUUGUCUUUCAUGUGUGAUUCUGCAGAUGACAGUUUUCAGAAGUUGAUUAGCAUAAUUACACGAUCUCCAAGUUUAAUUUCAUUUAAUUAUCUUCCAUCUUACCUCAGUCUUGUCUCAGUCGCUGAUUGUGGGAAAUAGGGAUAAUUUGAAAAUUUGAUUGAAGAUUGAUAUUCUGAAGUUACUGCCACAUCAAAUAAACGUCGUACAAGAAUGGUCUAAUCAUGUUCCAUGACAAGACAGAUGAUUUAGGAUUUCUUCGACAUGAAGGAAAUGUUCAUUGUGCACCAAGUGUAACUGUAUGCCUGUUCACACUACUUGUCACAACUUCCAUGUGCCAAAAUACCGAUGUGGCAUUUAUGUUUGAAUAAUUACUGAAUUCAUUUAAUUUAGACUUUGUGCUGAUUUUGAUGCCUUUCAAAUUUUUGGUUAACUGAUUUGAUUUGAUUUUUCAAUGGGAACAGGUUAUAUUGCUGAAAAACAGCUUCAGGGAAACAACAUAUUGACAUUAUGGUGAUAUGUCAGGGAUAAUUAUUAUUAUGUUUACCUUUGAGAUGAAAGCUACAUGUUUAUGUUCUUUAGUGCUUUAGACUUGUGAUUCUUGUCUUUGAAAAGAUUAUGAAAAAUAAGGUCACAGAAAUGCCAUCAGUCAAUAUUUAUUCUAUGUGAUCAUCAGCAUACCUUUUCUGGAAGAAUUCUCUUCUUGUAUCUUGUGAACUUUUCUUUAUUCAUACACCUGGUCACCAACUGGGAAUUAAUCCCCUCAACCGUUACUAUUUUUUGCAUUGUUAAUUUGUGACCAUAAAAUCAAAAUUAUAUCGGUUUUCUUAUGGUGUCAAUUUCAAAGGCUAUCUGAAGUGCUAUGAGUUAUGAGAAGGUCGUUGUUUGGUGCUAUUAAGUUAUUUUAGAUUUUGUUAUCAGGUCAUUUUAACCUCAGUGGAUUAGUCUGCACUUCCCCAAUCUGUUCCUCUGCAACUGUCAUUUUGAAUUUUGAUUUUGUAGCAAAUGAUUUUUGUCAGAGGUUGAGAAAUAAGGGUUUGUAUCUGCACAAUGAGAACCAAAGAUUUCAGGCAUUUCUUUCACCAGAUGAUGCAGUGAUUACGAAAAUAGAUGCACAUGCAGUUCACGGUAGCCGUUGCAUUAAACCAAGGAUGCAGUUUCAAAGGUGGUGCUUAUUAAAGAGGAUCAUUUGUUUUACAAGUUAACAUUCUAACAACAUCAGUACAAUAGCAAAAUGAUAAACACAAGAGUGAAUAGAAAUCUCUAAUCACUUCAUAAUAGCAUCUUUUCUGUUUCAAAAAGGUUUGCUUUUUAUAGUGGAGUGCUAAAUAUGUUCAGUACGGUAAGUGAAAUGUUAUCACAUCUCUACCCUGUCUAAUUUAAGUCACUGACCCUUCGGUUAUUACAAAUCAUACAAAAAAUGUUCUGUUUUAGGUUUUAGAGAAAUUUUAUAUACUAUUCAACAGUAUUUAUUGUUAUCGUUAUGACAUGGGUCUUCUUCUUUUAAUGACAAUGGGUCUUGUCAGCUUGUGAAGAUGUGUAGCAUACAAAAUAAUUGGAAGGGUUGGUAUCCUUCCUUAUAACAUGAAAUUACCUUUUCUUUGACUUCCUUUCACUGAGAAUAAUUUUUAUUAUUUUAUUUUGUAUUAUGAGUUUUCACGAAUUGAUUCAAGCAGAUUCUGGUGUCUGAAAAUAUUGGCAUGUUGUGAGCAUGAAGUAUGUGUUGCAUGACUUUAUGUUCAGUGAAAUAUUGAAUUGUAUAUAAGAAUUGUACAUAGAAAUAAUUGCUAUGAAAUGAUUAGGAAUAUUUUAAAUUAUUUGUACAUAAAGUAGGUUUUAUGCAGUUUGGCGGGAUUCCAAGUGUCUGUCUGUCUCUUGUGUUGUGUUAUUCAGUUUAUGUCAACAUUUAUCUCUGUUGGUUAGAGUUGAAACAUAUACUCCAGACGUCUGUGUCAGACUUCAGUUGUAAGAUCACAUGUUCAGGGAGAAUAUUUAUUCAAUUUCAUAAAUAAUUUCUCUAUAAGAUUUCUUUUCUCAAAAUUAUAAAUGAACCUUUUGAAAAAGAAUUACAGUAACAAUGUGAUAUUUUUAAUGUUAUGUAAUUUUUCAUCAUUUUUUGUUGUUUUGAAUACAUUAUUCUCUUAAAAGUAAUUGCUAAAUUAUGUACACUAAGGUGAUUUGGCAUAAUUUCUUGUUUGUUAAAAUAUGUGAUCUCAAAUGAUGUUGCCACACUGUUAUUUACAAUAAUGAUUGACUUGAUAUUUAUGUUUUGAUGCAAUGGUGUACCGGUAAGUGUUAAUUAAAACUAUGGAGAUAACUAAUUAUACGACCUAUACAUUCUGACAUUUGAGAUUGUAGACAUAAGGUAUUUUUACAGACCGCCGAUCUGCACUAUGCAAUUUUAUAUCAAGAAAAUAAAACCUAAUAGAUGUGAAUGAAUAAAGUCACUUGAAUUUU